AUGCAAUAUUUACAAUUUUUUGUCGUAAGUGCAGUAUGUAAUGAGAUCUCUUUAAAAAACUAAUAAUUUGUAGUUGAUGAUAAUAACAGUGAUGCAGGAAGUUUAGUUUCAAUAUUAAUUCAUUCUACUUUUGGCUCCGUUUUUCUAAUAUUUUCAGCAGCUUUAUUAUGGUACAAUGAAAGAAGAUCAGCGAUUACAGAAUAUCGAUUAGUGAAUAUGAGAAAAAUAUGUAAAAAUGGAGAAUGUCAUGAAAUCGAUCAAGAAUUGAAUGGUGAACUUAUUCAUAUGCAAGGUAAUAAAAUAUGAAAUUUUAUUAGGAUAAACUACUACAGAUUAAAUUCUAGAAGAUAAUGAAUUUGGAAUAUCUUUGGCUUCAUGUAUUUAAUUAAAACGACACGUGGAAUAGCUAUAAUUUAUAAAAAUUGAGUUUAAAAAUAGAUGCUCUCCAUCAACAUAUAUNAUUUUCGCCAAUCAUCUUACAAUAUCAAAAUUGCAUUAAAUAUGA